GCCUCCUCCUCUUGCACCGGCUCUUCUUAAUGAAGAAAGCAAGCGCAGUAAAACAGACCUAGCCUACCGCAGCCCAAGAAACGAAGACUUUCAUGGUGAGAACUGGGUUUGCAGGAGCAACCGCCUGCUAUCCUGUACACAUUCUGUGCUGAAGCCCUGAGGUUGGUUGUGAAAGACGCGCGCUUCACCGUCUGCAGCCAUGAGGAGGAUGGACGGAAACAUGGCGGGGGGACCACUGUAUAAGCAACUCGACUCAGAGAGGAAGAGUGCCAGGCGAGCUGAAGCUAGACUCAGCCUGAGCCUGCAAAGGCUAGAGGCCAUCUGCCUCUACCACGUGAAGACGCUGGCCAGGGAGCAGAGACAGCUUCAGAAAGAACUGCAGCGGCUGCAGCAAGCAGAUAUCAUGAAGAAAAGGCUCUCCUCUUAUGCCGAGAAUGGAACUCAGAAGAGACCAAGAUGUUCUCUCAGGUUCUCACCACAAACAGGACAGAGGCACGUAGCCACGCAGCCUAAAAUCAGGGUACUGGCAACCAAUAUGACCCAAGAAGCUAAAACUAAGAUUCAUGGGCCUUCUUUACUUGGCACUGCCCUCAAAGCUGCCCCGAGAAGCCAAGAGCACCUGCAAUCCCAGCGUGAGAGCACCAGCUGCUACAAGGAAGAGUAUUCAGGAGCCCAGGAGGGAGAGUCUAUGAAACCACUUAAGGGCACGGACCUGAAUAGGGACUCCGUCCCAUGUCAUGGCCAAGAGGUUUCCACCAACAAUACAGAAGACAUCCCUGUGUCCAGCUCAGAUGUGAGGGACUCAGCACCUGCAGAUGAGACUAGAUCAAAAAAUGCCGAUCCAAAGCCACACGGGGAUGCUGGGGACCAAAAUGCCCCAUGCUCUGCGGAAUAUGCAGGAAGCUUCAACGGCAAAUGCACAAAGCCAACCUUCCUCGAACUGUUGGCAAAGGCCAAAGAGGCCCACUAUCUCCGCCACAGGGUGCCUCCUGAGUCCGAGAGGAUGCUUAGCAUUGGGGAGAUAUUUGGACAUAGAGACACCUCACUACCCAGAGCAGGGAAAAAACUGUGA